ACGAUAAUAGUUUCGGUUGCAUUCAGGAUCGUUUUUCAAAAAAAAAGAAAAUCACUUAGAGGAACUGCAAAAUUGGAUAAAUAUGGCACUGAAAAUCAGAUCUUUACCGGAUAAGCUACAGGAACUUUCAAGAAAUAUAAAUGAUCCAUCCACAAACACUGAAAUCAAUAAACUUCACCAGAAAGCAGAGGGUGUUUGUAAUUGCGUAACCAAGGCGUUUACAGUUACCGGAAGUGAUGUAUUAAAAGAAAAGGAGAAGCUUUCACGAGUGUCUUGUCCCAGCAGAGUUGAUAUUGAAAGAUUGUCACAAACGUUAGUUGCAUUUAAAGGUGAUCUUCGUACUUGCACAAACGAAAUCGUUUCUAUAAAGUCGAGCAUCCAUAAUUUUGUUGGUGUCAAUCGUUGUACGAUGAAAUUAAAAGAAAAUGAAAUCAAGGCAGCUAAGACCGAAGUAGAUGGAUUAGAUAAGCAGAUUCAACUUACACAAAAGGAAAUAUCAAAAUACGAGGAUGAAGCUUACAAUGAGGAACGCGGUGCUGUUGACCUCGAAGACCGAGCUAGUGAUCUUCGACGUAAAUCAGAGGAACAUAAAGAAAAGGGAUGGCUAUGGGGCGUUGGAUCACUGUUAGUAGGAAUAGUGUUUGCACCAUUUACAUUGGGUGCUUCACUCGGAGCAGGGUUGGUAUCGGCAGGCGUUGGCAUUGCCGGGAACUUUAAUGACGCUAAAGAUUGUGUGUGUAAAGCUGCAAGUCUUAGAGUUAGUGCACAGGAUAAGAAGGAACUGGCUAAAAGAAAGGGGACAUUAAAGGCAGAGUAUGAAUCAAAAAAGUGUACGAAAACUACCGAGCUUAGAAAUUGCAAAACAAAAAUCGACGAUCUGGCAAGGACGUGUGAUCGGCUAACCAGCCUUGAAGGACUUCUGACAGAGUCAAUAUCAGGCUUCGAACGUGUCAUUUAUAUUGCACAGGUAAACAAAAUGCAGAGAAAUGAUUUGAUUAUUGAUGAUAAAUUAAGAGAUAAAACAUCUUUGUAUUUUAAUAAUCAGCAGCAUGGUGCAACACAUGUGAUGGUAAACAUUAUUUGUUGUUUUACGAAAGGCUGGUAA